CCCACCCCUUAGUCCCGCCAUGACCGGAAGCCAUGGAACAGAUGGCAAAGACGGACCAGGUGUUGCCCUGGCGACCGCCAUGGAGGCUGCUCGUGUGCGAAGUGCGCACACUGCAGCAGUGCAAGCUCAACAGCAGCAGAGGCUCGAGGAGUUUCAGAAGAUUUGCAAGAAGAGGGCCAUGGCUAUCGCGCCAAGGAAAGCUGGGGCGCUAGAUGCCAUGCCACCGCAGGCAGUAUGGGAGGAUGUGCCGACGAUACAGGAGCCUGGCUUCCAAUUGGCCUAUUGUGAUGGAAAAUCUUGGGUGGACUCUUCCCCUAGCCUUCGCAGCUUCGAUGAGCUGGCCAGCUGCAUGUCGCAAGCCCGGAAGGAGGCUUUGCGAUGUCUGACUGGACCCUCGGGGGUAGGAUGUAGCUGGGAGGUGGAGCAGCAACAAACCUGA